AGCUCACUCGGAGUUACUAGAAAGAGCCCGUGCACGCUGUACCAGAUAUCUUUACUCUGAAUAAACUGUCGCUUGUCAUACAAUCUACCGCUUUGUCCGAAUCUAUCCUUGACCGGCUCACUCUCCUGCACAUCUCAAUUAUCAACACUAGCAAUUUAGAAAAUCGAUUAAGGCACGUUCCUUCUGAUGAGCCCGCCUCUCGUGAUCCUCACAACCUUCACUUUACCCAGUACUCUCUCCACCAGUUUGGUUAACUCAAAUGGUUUCUUCAAGAUUGGUACUCUACUCAACCACCGGAUUAAACACCAACAAACCAUACUCCUACUAUUCUCGUCAGUGUGCCCCACUGGGAAGUUAUGCUACGGAUAGGUUAAAAUGGCAUAUUGCUGUUUCUUGCAGGCAGUUCAUAUGCACACUAGAUCAGUGCUUUUACGAUGACGUGGCACUGUUUAUGACGUUUGGAAGCCCGCCUCUCCCUUUGACGUAUGAAUCUUUCAAGAUGGCGAUGCACCUGCUUCAUCGGUGGUAAAAAAAACGGUGUACAUAAACGAUAAAACAAAGCGUCGUUUCCAGUUGACAAUAACUUUAAUAUCGGAGGACAACGUUGUCUUUAUUACCUUUCAAACAUGUCGACAGAGGAACUGUCAACUUCGGACAGCGAAGCUGCCUUUGCUGGGGCAGGCGAGCGAUGGGCGCCCGUCGGCGCUGUAGCCAGUCCGGAGGAUGAGAGCGGGAAGGGAAACGCGGUCGAGCCGAGGAGGAAAGGCUCAGCUGCGUCUGGUGAGACGGAGAUGGCCGCAAGAUUGAGGAAAUUGGAGGACGAACAGGGCCUGCUGAAUUCCUCGCUCCUCGCGUUGACAUCUCAUUUUGCACAAGUGCAGUUCCGCUUGAAGCAGAUAGUUCACGCUCCGACUGAUGAGAAGGAGAGGAUGCUGGUAGAACUCGAGGAGUUUGCCUUCAAAGGCUGUCCUCACGUUGUGGGAUGCAGGCCACAGGAUACUCAACAGCUCGAAAACGCGAGUGAGAGGGAGAAGAGGGAACGUCUGGAGGUCCAGAGGGAGAAGCAGAAGGAGCUCAUCGUCCAGCUGAAGACCCAGUUGGAUGACCUGGAGCGCUAUGCCUACCAGGAGGGCAGCUACGACUCCCUGCCCCAGUCUGUGGUCAUGGAGAGACAGAAGGUAAUCAUUGACGAGUUGAUCAAGAAGCUGGAUGUGAACUUCAAUGAGGACAUAGGGAACCUGACGCCUGAGGAGCUAAGACAGAGAGUGGACGCUGCCAUCGCUCAAAUAGUCAACCCAGCCAGGGUCAAGGAGCAGCUGGUGGACCAGCUCAAGACCCAGAUCAGGGACCUAGAGAUGUUCAUCAACUUCAUCCAGGAUGAGGUAGGGAACCCUCUUCUGUCUGAUGGUGAACCCAGCCAGCAGCCAAGGACAGCAGGGCCCAACACCAGAGCCCCUGGAGGGAGGAAGAAAAUGGACCCAGAGCAGGCCCAGAAGAUGAGGCAGACAGGCUUGCAGCUGAUCCAGCGGGCCCUGGCUGUGCUGCAGAUCUUUGCAGUGAGCCAGUUUGGCUGUGCGGCUGGCCACGUUCCCCAGAGCAUGUGGUCGCAGGGGGAAGUGGGCCAGGACUACGGCCCUCUGCUGCAGCGUCUGGAGGGGGCUGUAGACCGGGUUCGAGUGCAGGCCUCAUGCAGACAGCCCUCAGUAGAUCACGUGGUCAGCUACAACAGCAGCUUGGCCCUGGGGUCCCGUGAUGAGCUCACUGCCUCAGUGAGGAAGGAGCUGGCCAUGGCUCUGAGAGACCUGCUAGCCCACGGUCUCUACUCCCCCUCCCAGGGCAUGAGCCUGGUGCUGGCCCCCAUCUCCUGCCUGCUGCCCUACAGACCUGGCCCAUCGACCAUCCACCCCUGGGAGCUCUUUGUCAAGUACUACCACUCCAAAAAUGGCAAGGCCUUCGUGGAGUCGCCUGCCCGCCAACUCUCGCAGUCCUUCAGCCUACCUGUUGCGGGCAAUCCAGUCACUGUCACACCCAAACAGUCUCUGCUCUGGGCCAUUCACUCAGUGUUGCUGGAGCACGAUCGCUACAAGCGAGGAGCAGACUCAGAGUUCAAGGCUCUGGUAUGCAUGGCUCUGAAUGAGCAGAGGCUAGUGUCAUGGCUUAACCUGCUGUGCAAGUCAGGGGCCUUGGUGCACCCGCACUACCAGCACUGGAGCUACAUGGCCCAGACAGGCUUCGAGGGAGCCCUGCGCAUCCUGGGACGUAUCAGCCACCUCAAGUUUAACCUGCCGGUGGACCUGGCUGUGAGGCAGCUCAAGAACAUCAAGGAUGCCUUCUGAGAAGGGAUUGUCGAGAGACACCCAAAACCAUGCUUUCAGCUCACGUGGUUACCAGGCCUGAUUUAAGGGUAAAAAAUAAUACAAUCAACUGGCCUUUGAGGACCGGGGGAGGCAUGGUUUGGGUCUUCCUCAAGUGCUGAAAUUAUAAUUGGCAUAAAAUAAUUGUGCUAAUGUUGCUUUAUCCGUUUAACUUUAAAUGUAUCUUGGGUCGUUGGGUCAAAAUAUUUUUGUUAGCAUCCUGUCUAAAACAUGGCAUGAAUUCCGUGCAAAGCUGUUCAACAAAAAUCAAGUGUGCAAUGUUGAGAUGCAUUAUAUAGCAAAUCUGAUUUUUAUAUAGCAAAACUGUAACUAACAUUUUAUUUAUUCAUGCCUCCCAUAACCACACAAAGGGAUCUUAAUGACUUGUUACAUUGCAUUAUAUGGAGCUUGUUGCCUCCCCUUAGGAAACACUUCCUUUAUGUGAUGUUGUUUGACUUGUCCCUAUGGAGAUGAGAUACAGUAGCUCAGACCUAUGCAGAUAAUAUCGUGAGGUUGGCCUUUUAUAGUAAUUCACUACUGUAUAAUGAUUACCUAUAGAAUGGGUGAUCAUCAAUGUGACCAAAUGUAUAGUCAUUCCCUCCCCAUACUCUAGUAUGGGCAAAAACAGACCAGUAUCCUGCACUGUCACUAAACUGUACAUUUUGUGUUCUCUACGGAAGAGAAUAAUAUGGGUUUACUACAGUUCACAUUCACAGAGCAUUGCUCUCUGUCUGUGGUUACGCAAAGCUCCACUGUUGUGUUCACAGAAGACGCGCACUAUUCAAUGCACUCAGGUCAAAUGAACAUGGCAACAGUGUAUGCUCUCACCAAUGAAUGUACAAGAGAGGUCAAAAUUCUAAAGAUGUCACAAGUGUUCUGAAAAUCAAAAUAAUCCCUCAUGCAGCAUGUAGUGUCUCUCCGUUGAGAAAUAAGCAGAACCUGCCUAACGUGUCUUAAAGAAGGUGGAUAACGUAGAGACCCUGUAUUAACUGCUGCUUUACUGGUCCAAAUGGAAGUGAUUCAAAAAAUUACAAAAAUAUAUACGAUUGAACUAUUUAGCUUAUAUGUAAUUAUAUAUUUAAUCGUCCAAUAUUUAAGAUGAUUGUGGGAUGUGAUUGUUUUCUCUUUCUAUUCGUUUUUUGAAUGGUGAAUGAAAACCACUUGAAGUGAAAUCUUCCUAUUACAUGUGAAUCACAUGGGGUGUAUCCUGAAAAGCUGAAUGUACAAACCAUAGAUACUGUUCAUUUCCACAUGAGUGAAAACUGUUAUCAUCCUUGGUAUGGUUUUUCCAACCCUCAUAUUAAGGUGUUACAUACUUGGUUAUUGGUUAAGUGCUGCUCCCAGAAUUUCUGUUCUAUUCUCUUAUGGUCUAUGGUAUUGUAUUGAGAUCUAUUUUGUUGUAUAGUAAAUUGCAAAUGCCUCAGCCGGACCACUACCAGACUAUGCUUGGAUCUGGUCUGUGCUUUACUGGUGUGCAUCUACAUGUAGUGUAUGGGAGGACAGGUUGUCCUACAUCGAAAGGGAUACUUUGGUUUGCAUACUUCUGAUGUGCUAGUGUGAAUAUCAAUACCCCCUUCAUUUAGCCUGCAUUGUUACUUAUCACUUUUCAAAUGCUCAAAUGUGCUCAUGUCAAAACUACUGUUAACGCAAACAUAGACACACACACAUCACAAUACUACUACUAAGCAAUGUACAUUUCUCUAUGAAAUAUGAGACUUAGUUACUGUCUCUGAUUUGUUUUUGCUUUUCUGUGUAUACCUUACUGGUCAGAUUGAGAAAAAGUUAUACAGCUGUUUGUUGUUUUUGUUCAAUAACUAUGAAUGUGAGCAAAUAAACUAUUUCAAAAACCUA